AUGUGUCGCCUUUAUACAAGGAGAAAUCUAGCAAUACCAAUUGACUUUCGUUUUUGUGUAAAAAUAUUGAUAAUUCAGCUUUCUGGAGACAUUGCCCUUAACCCAGGGCCCAUUAAAUUUCCCUGUGGAGGCUGCUACAGGCCUGUAGCUUCAAACCACCGUGCAGUGUACUGCGAGGCAUGCUACUUAUGGUGGCACAUCAAAUGUGCUACUAUCUCAGCAAGUGAAUACGUCAAACUAAGUAACGACGACGAACCCUGGUUGUGCAGAAAUUGUAACACGUUUCAUUUUAGUGACUCAUAUUUCGAACCGAACAUCAGAUUAGACUCUUCAAUUCAAUCGGAUUGUGAAGACAAUGACAUUCCAGCUAUUUUUGAUGAACUUAUAAAUAUUAAAAAAGAAAGUCCAAAUAAAUUCACAUGUGCAUAUAUAAAUAUUAAUAGUUUAAGGAACAAAUUCGACUUUUUAAAAGAAAUUCUUAUUAAAAAUAUUGUUGAUAUUCUAUUUAUUGCAGAAACAAAACUAGAUGGUUCUUUCCCGGAUGCACAAUGGCAGGUUAACGGAUAUCACUUAUGGCGAGCAGACAGAAAUGACAAAGGUGGUGGGAUUGCAGUGUACUUAAGGUCAGAUAUAGCUGGAGAUAGAAAAUCAAAUCUCGAAUUUACAGAUAUAGAAUCUAUAUUCAUAGAGGUAUAAAAAUGUAGCCAUUAUCCCUCAG